AGAUGUAAAUUAUGGUUGAGUAGGGUUUAUUAACAAAUCCACUGCACUGAGCUUUACCAUCUGAACUUCUUUAACAAUGGCCGCCAUUUUCUCUCACUUAACUUCCCUCCGAUCACCCGAUGCCGCCUCAUUCUCCUCUCUCUCUAGCUCAGGCAUUCAGUCGUCGCGCUUUUCAGGCGUAUUUGCACCUUCUCCGAUCACAUUUCCAGCCACUCGUCAACGUGUCUCAUGCCAGGCCACCACUCCGGCAACAUCUCCUCCUUCGUCCGUUAAUGUAAAUGCUAGUCAGAAGGACUUUCUGCACAUCAGCGAUUUUGACAAACCAACUCUUUUGAACAUCUUGGAUCGAGCCAAAGAGGUCAAAGCACUUAUAAAAUCAGGGGAGAGGACAUAUCUCCCAUUUAAAGGUAAAACUAUGGCGAUGAUCUUUGCUAAGCCAUCCAUGAGGACACGGGUUUCCUUUGAGACAGGGUUUUACUUGCUUGGUGGGCAUGCUAUAUACCUGGGACCAGAUGACAUACAGAUGGGUAAGCGGGAAGAAACUCGUGAUAUUGCUCGUGUUCUGUCUCGCUAUAAUGAUAUCAUUAUGGCUCGAGUUUUUGCUCAUCAGGACAUUCUAGAUCUUGCUAAAUAUGCAACUGUACCAGUGAUUAAUGGCCUUACAGACUACAACCAUCCUUGCCAAAUUAUGGCCGAUGCCCUCACAAUAAUUGAACAUGUUGGUCACCUGGAAGGAACUAAGGUUGUCUAUAUUGGAGAUGGAAAUAACAUAGUGCAUUCUUGGUUGCUACUAGCUUCAGUAAUUCCUUUCCACUUUAUAUGUGCUUGUCCAAAAGGUUUUGAACCUGAUGAGGAAACAGUUAAGAAAGCACAAGGUGCUGGAGUAAGCAAAAUUGAGAUAACUAAUGAUCCAAAGGAAGCUGUUAGAGGAGCUGAUGUUGUAUACUCGGAUGUCUGGGCGAGUAUGGGACAAAAAGAAGAAGCUGCACAACGUCGUCAGGUGUUUCAAGGAUUCCAGGUUGACGAAGAACUCAUGAAAAUAGCUGGACAGAAGGCUUAUUUUAUGCACUGUUUGCCUGCAGAAAGGGGAGUGGAAGUCACUAAUGGCGUGGUUGAAGCGCCAAACUCAAUUGUAUUUCCCCAAGCUGAAAACCGGAUGCAUGCACAAAAUGCAGUCAUGCUUCAUGUAAUGGGCUUGUAAUUGCAUCGUCUGUUCUAAUACUGAGAUUCUUCCUAGACAGUAUUUUGUUUGGUGCAUUAUGUCUGUUCAUAUAACUCAAGGUUCUAAGUCGAGCAAUCUCUUUAUCUUCAUAA